AUGAAUAAUUUAAAAACGCCACAAGACAAUACACAGGCUCUGCUAAACCAAUCUCAAAAUUCCUUUGUUAUUUAACCUAACUCCUUAAAUCAUGAUGCCUCAUUUGCCUAUCAGCAGAGUGCUGGUUUUAUCUCGCCAGCAAACAAUGAUUAUAAAACUCCAUUUGUUGAAAGCAAUUUAAUAAUCUCAAGCAACUAUGAAUACUAGAUUCCACCUCCUAAAACAGCAUAGACAACCUAAUUCUCAAUGGCAGAUUAAUCAAGUCUGCAGAACUAGGACAACAAUAAAAUUAGACUAAUAGCAGCAGUAAUAGAAAGAGAAUGGCAAUUAAAACCAGACAUAAUAUAAAAAUCUGAUGAUGUCCAAUCUAGAAGGUUCAGUGGUGCUGGUGAUUAAAUAAGUGGAAAGAAUAGGGCUGUAACAGCUGGAGGUCCUACAAUGAAUAAACUUGGACGAGAUAUGUCUAACAUGCGAGCAGCAUAAAAAACUUAGCCUGAUAGCUAGAAUCUAUAUAUAGCAGCAAGAUCAUAAGUUCACACUAGCUAUGGAAACCAUACCAACUACAAUAUUUAAAAAAACCAAUCAAUGCCUGAAAUCACUCCAGAGUUAGCGGCUACUGUUGUUAGAGAUUUUCUCCUGCCUAUGUUUUAAAAUGAUGGUAAGAAACUAAUCAGAAAGAAGAGAAGAGAUAUGAUCUCCUCUCCUAAAACCCUAAAACAAUCUUUAAAAGCAAGUGAAUACUAAUCUGACCCACUGGAGCUAACUUAGUUAAAUCAACUCUUAAACGAAGAUAUUCAUGAUAAAAAGUCGAAACUAGGUGGAACAACUAGUGUUUUCCACGAAUUAAAGCUUUCUGAGCAACUUAUGAAUGAAAUAUACGGUCUGAGGAAUGACAUAGACAAUCUUUAGAUAUAAAAAGAGGAGAUGUAAAUAUUUAUCAAUAGAUUGUAGACCGGAAAUAAUGAUCUUUCUCAUAAGAUAAAUUUGUAUGGUAAAAAAUACAAAACAAUCAAGCAAAGAUUUGUGACAGUAGCGUAGGAUUUGAGAAAUGAGAAAAUGCUUUGCAAGAGAUUGUAGAAUUCAAUGCAAGAGAUGAAUAAUCUUUUUAAGAUCAAUGAGUAGCAGAGAAAAACUAUAAGUCAAUGCUGCAAUGACACAAGAAUCUAAAAUGAAAAAUUAAACAAUAGAGUGAUCGAAUUAAAGUAGUUAUUAGCCAUUGUUAGAAUGGAGAAUAACAUAAUGGGUGAUUAACUUAAGCUGCUACACAACUCAUUUAGUAACAUAGGAGAUUGUGAAAAGAUUCAGAACAAAUGCAAUUUUGAACUCAGCAGAGGUUAUGAGCUCAAUGAAGAAAGAAUAAAUGAGCUAAAUGAAAUAUAAGUUGAACUCUCAAAAGCCCUUGAAGAAAAUACUGAAAUAAGAUCAAUUAUGAGAGAUCUCAAUGCAAAUAAGAAAAAACUAAUCGAAGACAAGGAGAAGUUCCUUCAUUUUUUCAAAGAGAAAAUGAACUAGAUGGAAACUGAGCUCAACGAGAGUAAAACUUCCAAAGAAUAAAUUAAGGAGGAAUUCACCAAGCUAGAGAAGCUAUUGAUAAGCGUUACCAAUGAAAGAGAAAAGCUCAAAAUAAAAAUAUAGAAGCUGAAGAAUAGGAGAGCGGUUGAUCUAGACUAGAAGAUUUGUAAGAACUGUGGGAAGGAGUACUUAUAGAAUGAAAAUUUCAACUGGUCUUGUAGAACUCAUAGAAGUGAUUGGGGUGGAGAGAUGUGGUGGUGCUGUGGUAAAACCAAAAAAGAGGCACCAGGGUGUAAGUAUGCAAAGCAUGAGACAAAAGAUGAUGAAGAGGAGGAAAAGACGCAUGAUCAAGAGGAUAAGAGCAGAAUUAAAUAACUAAAGUGUAUCUGUUGCAAAGAAGCUGGUCACUUAGCUAAGGAUUGUAUGAGGGAUCCAAAUUUAAGAACUAACUAAAAUAUUUAAGAAGAACUUCUAAGGAUAGAUAAAUAUAAAGAAUAUAAAAAGCUAAAUGCUGAUACUUUUUAAAACACGACAAAACUCUUCGAGAUGCUUGCAAGGGAAAAGAUGCCUGUAAUAUACGAAGAAACUAUUUCAAGUGACAAUGGAAUGGGAUCAAGGUUAGGCGAUGAAACAGCAACUAAUAAGCCAGUCAUAACAUAAUAGUAGAGUCAUAUCAAUUCCCAGAAUGAAUAAGAUGAUGAUGAUGGAGAUGGAUUGGACCUUGGAACAGAAAAGAAAAAACGAAAGAAGAGAAUAUAUAAAGAGACUUCUUUUAAGGGCUAUGGACUGAUGAAAUUUGAUGACUUUAACUAUAACGCUUUUAAUUAGAUCGUAUUUCAAAUGAGCAAAAAAAACAAUUUAGACAAAAGUGGAAAUAGUCCAAGUUUUAGAGCAGGAGCAGAGCAGUUAAGAUCGAACGAAGAUGAGGAUUAAGAUUAAGUUAAUGAAGAUCAUAGAAAAUUGUCAGCCCCAAAGCUAAGUGAUUUGAAUAAUAAUAAUGAUAAUAAAGACUUUGGCUCUGGAAGUAACGUUAUUGAGGGUGAAGAAAGACAUGCUGGAAUAUAGAAAGGGAUCUCAUUUAAUAAGAGACUGUAUUCUUAAGAUGAAGUCUAUUAGAUAAAAAAUUAUUAGACCAGAGAUAUGUAUGAAGAUAUUUUAGACUUGAAGAAUAUGGCUCUCAUUGAAAAUAUGAAGUAAAAGAAUUUAAUAGAUAUUGAUGCUCAUUACAAAACAUAGCUAGAGUUAUUAAGCAAAUAAAAAGGAAAAGGAGCAUAAUCUAAAAGAUCUGGACAAACUAGAUCUGUUGCAAGGCAGUCAGAUGAUACCUCUCAGCUCUUUUCCUCUUUUAAUAAAGAUAAUGAGUCGCCAAAUUAACUCGCAGGAGGAAAACAAGGAAACCAAUCUUUGGCAAAUCUAAAUAGUCUGAGAGUUAAUUCAAGCAGACCAAAACUCUCAGCUAGCUCUAAAAAGAGCAUAUUCUUUAAUAAUCUGCCCCCUGAGUAUAGGGAUAUGUCAACAACAUAAAUCUUGAAUUCACCUGUCGGACGUGCUUACUAGCAAGUAAUGAAGCAAGAAUAAGAAAAAGGCACUUUAUCAGAUCAAGACGAAUAAUUGGUAAUAAAAUCAAAUAGUAGUAGCAACGGGCCUGCCACAGGAAGUGCUAAUGCAGCUAAUAUUUAGGCAGCAAUAGCAGUAGGAAAUGGUCAAAAUUAAAUUGCUACUUAGCAGAUUAUGAACUCAGCGUUUGAAUUAAGAGUAAAGAAUAUGAAUUAAGUAUAAUAAAGCAAAGUCUAACUUCAAGAUGUGGACAUUUAGCAGAUAUAAAAAGAAAGGUAAAGCAAAAAGCUACAAUAAAUAACAAAAAAUCUCAAAGAAGCAGAUUAAGUAGUGAUUGAAAGAAGUAAUACAAAUCCAUUGAAUUAGAUGCCAAAUCAAAUAUAGGUAGUUUCAUCUGGUGCAGGUGGAGAGAAGAAAAUACUUGUAGAAAAUUUAGAUAAAAGUUUAUCACCACUUAAAAAGAAUAAUUCCAUGAUCCCGGGAGCACAGCUUGAAUCACCUUUACUCUAAUCCCCUACAUUUAGUGGUAGUGGAGCUGGAGCUGGUACAGGAGCAGUAGCAGCUGCUGGAACUGGGCAAGAAGGUAAACAAUCUGGAAGAUUAUAAUCAAGAAGAACAAUGGAAAAAAAAUAAUCUGUUUAAAAGAGUCCUGCUAGUGCAACUUCUAAGUAAAAUUAAAAUUCUACUCCUAGAAAAUCGAAAUUGUAAAGACUUAUCGAAGAUAAAUAGAAGUAUACAUAAAUUGAAACUAUGAUUAAGAAUGCUCCAUCGGACCCAAAUCAAAGUCAAGGUGGAGAUCAAAUAAGGAAAACUCUCUCAGGUGGAAGAAAGCAGUCCAGUGCUAGCAUCCAUUCCAACUCUAAAGUCAUAGUGAAUCCAUAAAGUAUAAAAAAGAAGAUCAAAAGCGACAGCAUGAGCUUAAAUGAUACCAAUAGUUAGGCUCUUCUCAAUUCAACCUAGUUAUCUAAGAAUAAUGCACCAAUUGAAGAAACAAAAUAAUAAAGGGUAACUCCAAAUAUUGAGGUUAGACAGCUAUCUUAAACCAAGACUUAAUUGAAAGAUACCUAAUCUACUGAAUAAAGUCUGAGAGAACUUUAGAAAAGUUCCAGAAAAUCAAGUCAGUAAAAGCCAAAGGUUUCAAUAAGUGAAGGGAAAUAGUAAAAUCUAGGAUUCAAUGACCUCUCUAAGGAUGCUCUUGAGUCCUAAAAACAAAGAGAGGAUCAAAAGAAAAAGAAAUCUGUUAAUAUCGACAAAAGCACUACUAGGUAAUGA